AUGGCCGACGAUACUCCUGUCGCUGCCCCCGCUGAGGCUGUCGAGCAGCCCGAGCGCGUCCCAGCCGGAGACAAGCCUGCCGACCAGGCGUCUGAGAAUGUGACCAUCUCUGGUGAUAAGCCGAACGACACUACGAGCGCAAACGAUGAGAAGAAGGAGGCCGAAACUGGCACCGAACAGGCUGCUGACUCUGGCGAUGCGACGGAAGCUAAGGGCGAGGAUGAUGCAGCUGCCCCUGCCGAUGCUGAGACAGCCGCCGCCGAGGCGAACGGAUCUCCUGCUCCGUCCAAGAAGUCCUCGAAGGACCGUCGCCGCUCCAGCGGUGUCGCCGACAAGUCAAAGCUCAACCGGAAGAAGUCCAUGACCCGGAUCCCGCAGCUGAACGUGAAGCCUGGCGAGUACUACCUUGCGCGUCUGCGCAGCUAUGCGCCUUGGCCCUCCAUCAUCUGCGACGAGGAGAUGCUCCCGCAGUCUCUCCUCGACAGCCGCCCCGUCACAGCGGCGCAAAGCGAUGGAACCUACCGCGCCGACUAUGCGGAUGAUGGUAAGCGCGCCCACGAGCGGACCUUCCCCGUGAUGUUUUUCUACACAAACGAGUUCGCCUGGAUCCCAAGUACCCACCUUACCCCCAUUACCGCUGCCGAGUGCAAGGACGUUCCCGAGAAGAACAAGGCCAAGGGGUUAAUCGGCGCGUACCAGAUCGCUGCAGAGGGCCACGACCUUGCGUACUUUAAGAAGUUGCUGUCAGAUCACCAGGCUGCCAUCCAGCAGGAGAUUGAGGAGCAAGAAGCAGAGGAGGCUGCGAAGGCCGCUGCCAAGGCCGAGAAGGAGGCUGCGAAGGAGGCCAAGAAGACGAGCAAGAGCAAGCGCAAGAGUAAGGGCGCAGACACCGAUGUGGAAAUGGAGGAAGCGGAAGAUUCCAAGAAGUCCAAGGCCUCGAAGAAGCGCAAGAACGAGACCGAUGGCGAUGCGGAGAAGCCUGCUAAGACUCCUAAGACUGGUACUAAGUUGAAGUUGACCACCCCGAAGGCACCGGCGGAGGAGAAGAAGACCCCCGCCAGCAAGACAAAGAAGGCCGCCUCUAAGAAGAGCAAGGCCGCCGACGAGGAGGCUGCUUCCGAGACCAAGGAACCAGAGAGGCAGAUUGACCCCGAGGAAUUGAAGAAAAAGAAGGAGAAGGAGAUUCUUUUCCUACGUCACAAGCUCCAGAAGGGAUUCAUUUCCCGCGAUCAGCCGCCCAAGGAGGACGAGAUGGCCGCCAUGGCAAGCUACUUUGACAAGCUCGAGAAGCACCCCGACCUAGAGGUUGCAAUCAUCCGUUCGACCAAGAUCAACAAGGUCCUGAAGAUGAUCGUCAAGUUGGACACGAUCCCGCGCGACGAGGAGUUCAACUUCCGCCACCGCGCGAUGAACAUCCUGACCAGCUGGAAGAGCGUUCUGGAGACCGACGCCCCUGCAGCUUCGGACAAGGACGCGAAGCCCACCGCGAACGGCGCGCACAAGGAUGACGAUGCAGCCGACACUCCCAAGUUGGAGACCGAGGAGGAGAAGGAGCCCGAGACCAAGGCCACCGACAAUGAUACCCCCAUGCCCGAUGCGGCGGCAGCCAAGUCUGAGGAGGCCGACAAGGCUACUCCAGAAGAGAAUGCCGAGGGCGAGAAGCCCGCUGACGAGAAGACCGUUGAGGCUGCUGCAUAA